GCGACCUGGCAGCAUUGAAAAAGAGAUGUGGCUCGGAUCGUCCUCUUGCUCACUCAUUGUCCGACCGUACGAACAACGAACAACAUCCACCAUGAAGUUGAUGACGAUUUGCUUCUUAUCUCUCGCCAUUGGCGUUGGCCACUCGGCAGCUCAAGAAGACACGGAGGACGAGAUCAUCAAGUUCAAAGAUUUUAAGAAAAGACACAAGAAGACGUACAACGGAGCAUUGGAGAGGGUACACUUUAGACGUUGGAAGCGGAGGAAAGCAAUCAUCGACCAACAUAACGAAAAUCAGCGAAAUUCUUUCAUUCUGGGUGACAACGCGUUCGCAGAUCUCAGCGAAGAGGAAUGGGAAACUUAUCUGUUGGGCGUUACCAUACCUAAAGGGUUUAUCAACAAUGAAGCAGUGGUCGAUGUCUUGGCUGCAGGGAACGUCACCAACCGUCAAACCACCACUCCUUCGCUCGAUCUACGUACCGAUCCGUGUAUGCCACCCGUCAAGAUCCAAUCUCCGUGUGGUGGAUGUUGGGCUUUUAUCGCCACAACGGCUGUCGAAUAUCAAACGUGUGCCACCAGUAACAGGACAAAGAUCCCAUUGAUAUUGAGUGAACAGCAGAUGAUUGAUUGCAGUGGCAGUUAUGGCACGAAGGGAUGUAAUGGUGGUUUCUACACCCAAGCAUGGGAUUACAUUAUGGCUGUCGGUGGACAGGCGAGCAAUGCCACUUAUCCUUACAGGGCAGUGGCUGGUACGUGCAACUUCACUAAAGACGUCACGCCGGUGGCGGGCAAACUGUCACGAUACGCUUCGUUAGCCAAAAACGAAACAGCUAUACUUCUAGCCAUGCAAAGAGGACCGGUCGCUAUUUCUGUUGCCACCAAUUCCAGAUUCACCCUUUACAGGUCGGGCAUUUUCGAUGAUGACACGUGCAAGAAUGGAACGAUUAACCACGGUCUCCUGCUGGUCGGUUACGGCACGACCAACGGCACCGACUAUUGGAUCGUGCGCAAUUCGUGGGGCACUUCGUGGGGUAUGAAUGGUUACAUCUUCAUGAAGCGUAACGUCAACAUCUGCCGUUUAGCCGAAUUCGCCUUCCUUGCCACGAUCUAACUCGAUCGCAUCACAAUAAUUAUUGAUUUUAUUUCCCCACAAUGGCUACGCAACAUAGUUAACUGUUUGUUUCCCCCAAAGAGUAAUACUUGUCGAAUCUUGCAAAGCCAGAGCAUCUAAUCUAUUAUCUAUGUAGCAGCGUUUUUGAAAAAUUUUGCAAAAACUAUUACGUAUAACCAUUUAUAGUUAUUCAUUUUUUGCUUGGAGAGUGUAUCAUGU